CUUCCUGAGCGCGACUGCUAGGUCUCGUCCCUCUUGGGGGUGGCAGAGUAUCCUUCAUGGGCGUCAGUUAUUGGAGAGAGGAUUACGAUGGCAGGUUGGUAAUGGCCAAUUGAUUUCCCUCCUUCAUUCUAACUGGAUCCCUAUGUUCCAACUUGAUCCCCCAUGCUAUAAUCCACGGAUUUUGCCUGAGGGGGGUGAUCCUUUGGUGUCCGAGAUUAUUUCUCAGGGGGAGGGGAGGUGGUCUGAUGAGAGGCUCCAUCAGUGGUUUGACCCGCCUACCUGUAGGGCGAUCAAGGCUAUUCCUCUUCCUAGAUGGGAUGUGUCUGAUAAGCUUAUCUGGCAUUUUACGGCUGACGGAGUCUUCUCGGUGAAGUCGGCUUACCAUUUGGCUGUUGAUUUGGACAGGAGGAGGGGUGGGUGGCGUGCUCUCGGUUAGCUGGAUGGAUAAACCGAGUUGGAUAAGAGUGUGGGAGGCGAAGAUCCCUCUGAAGUUGAAGGUUUUUGUGUGGCAAAUCCUUAAUCGGGCUCUACCAACUAUGGAGGCGCUUAUUGAGAAGAAGGUUCAGGUUCUCUCUCGGUGUCCAGUUUGUUGGGAUGGCCCGGAGACGAUGGAACACCUUUUCCUGUAUUGUCCGGUUGCGCGGGCCCUCUGGGACUAUUCAGAGCUGGAAUACCUGGGGGAGGGUUGCCUCGGCACACUUUUCCUUUGUUUCUCAAUCGUUUGUUGGGACUGAUUCGUCAGCCGUCAGUGGUUAUGGCUGUUGUUGCCGUCCUUUGGAGGAUCUGGAGUUCUCGAAAUUGGGUUGUCUUUGAGGGCAAAAAUUUGGGAUCCGGCGAUUAUGCGACAGUUUCACCAACGGUAUGAGGAAUGGGUGAGUCUAUCUUCGGAUCAGGCUCCGAGGGUGCCUAUCACGUUGAUGCAACCAACAACGCAUGUGGGUGAUUCCCAUUUGGUUUGCACGUGGGACGGGGCUACUAAGGGUGGGUCGCAUUCGGAUGGUGGGAUGGUUCUAUUUGACUCAGCGCGGACACUCCUUCUGGCUAGAGGGGUUCAGUUUUCGAAAAAUGGAUGACCCGGGGAUGGUGGAAUUACUUGUGCUUAGGGAAGCGAUUGUUUGGUGUAUGGAGCAAGGCUUGUCGGAGUUCCUGUUUGAGGGCGAUGGGAAGGUGAUUAUUGAUAAAAUAAACCAAGCCAACACGAGAGAUAGCCGGCUGGGUGCUGUUUUGGAGGAGAUUGGUCAUUAUUUUCGUACCCAAUCUGAUUUUAGUGUGCGUUUUGUAGGUUGGGAGAAAAAUAAGGUAGCUCAUUUGGUAGCUAGGAAAGUCUUUUCUUUGUAUCCGACUAUGAGUCGCUUCUUUGAUUUCCAAUCCUGACUGGUUUCCAGAGUGUAACUGUCUAUCUUUUUAUCAAUACAUGAUAUCUUUUGGGGAAAAAAAUCCAAAUCUUUCCCCACUACACAUUGUGAUUGUACAAUAUUUACUGGAAUCUUAAAGCGAAUAUGGGUAAAUAAAAUGAAAUAUUUGUAAGUUCGUCAUCCCCAGCAAUCGAGAACAUAAGAAAUGGGAUUUUUUAUGAAAAGAGUGAAGACAAACAAGUCCAAGAGGAGGAGGUUUACAAGUUGCAACGAAAGAGGUAGGGGAAGAGUAUGUCGUUAUCUCAUGACAGUGAUCACAUAACCAGUUCAUAUAUACUAAUUAUAUAUAUACACACACACAAAAACACAACUGGCCAUCGUUAUUGACCUUUGAAAAUAAUGGAGAGAUCUUUGACACCCACAAUUUUGGGAACAAUUUCAACCAUGUGCCCACCCUAGCUCGCUCCAUCAUUUCUCUCUUUUGUCACCUUCUAAUUUUUUUUUUCUUUUCAAACAAUGUUUUUUGUCCAAAAUAAUUACAAUGAAAUGGAAAUGGAAGAUAAACCGAAUAAGAUGAGCGUAGUUACAUAAAAAAAACAUGGUGUUCUUAUGAGUUAACAUUAAGAUAAAACGAAACCAAAUUCUCGAAUCUACUACUCUUAAUGAGGAUUUUGUACCCAUAUAUAUAUAUAUAUAUAUUUUUAAUACGGAGAAUCUUGGCUAGCUAGUGAUUUCUUCAACGACUCGCCACCACUUGAGCUACUUCAUAUAAUCAUUUAGAUAUGUUAUGUUGUCCUCGAGUGUCUCAAUAAUUACAUUAUUCUCUGUAAAACUUAAUGUCUUUCUGAGACCUCAUUAGAUAAACUCUUAUGUUUUUUUUAUUAUGUUUGAUCCACUUUCGAAUUGACACAACUAUUCCCAUAAGUACCUCGUGUGGUAGUAUCUAGUAAAGACCGUGCUUCGGU